GGGUUUGUAUUUCUCACCUCCCAAAAGCCAAUCCCCAAAUUUGUGUCUCACUCUAAUCGAGCCCCCACCCCAUUUGUCCUCUUCCCCAAUCUCUCUCUAGAAGUGAUAUUUUUUUGCAAAUGGUGUUGUGUUAGUUCUCUUAUUUCGGGCUUAUUAUUUGUUCCAUACGUGUGUCGUGUGGCGGAGAGCAAGCUAGUUGCCUCCUUGAUAGGAUGUGGUGUGAAAUUCUCACCCUCCGAUUGCUCAUCUUCAGUUCUGGGCUGCUCUUAUAAUUAUUCUUGGAAGUGACGUGAAAAUAGGACAACAAUGGCAGAGGUAACAAAUGUCACCGAGUACCAGGCUAUUGCAAAAGAUAAACUGCCAAAGAUGGUGUAUGACUACUAUGCUUCUGGUGCCGAGGACCAAUGGACGCUGGCUGAGAAUCGGAAUGCAUUCUCGAGGAUUUUGUUUAGGCCCCGGAUUCUGAUUGAUGUCAGCAAGAUUGACAUGUCCACAACUGUUUUGGGCUUCAAGAUUUCAAUGCCAAUUAUGAUUGCCCCAACUGCCAUGCAGAAAAUGGCUCAUCCUGAUGGGGAAUACGCAACUGCUAGAGCUGCUUCAGCAGCUGACACAAUUAUGACAUUGUCAUCAUGGGCCACUUCCAGUGUUGAGGAGGUUGCUUCAACUGGACCUGGCAUUCGAUUUUUCCAGCUUUACGUCUACAAGGAUAGAAAUGUCGUGGAACAGCUUGUGAGAAGAGCUGAAAGGGCUGGUUUCAAGGCCAUUGCACUUACUGUGGAUACCCCAAGAUUGGGACGUCGAGAAGCUGACAUUAAGAACAGAUUUACUUUGCCACCUUAUUUGACAUUGAAGAAUUUUGAAGGUUUGGACCUUGGGAAGAUGAACGAAGCUGAUGACUCUGGAUUAGCUUCAUAUGUUGCUGGUCAAAUUGAUCGCACUUUGAGCUGGAAGGAUGUGAAGUGGCUUCAGUCAAUUACUUCACUGCCUAUCCUGGUUAAAGGUGUACUCACUGCUGAAGACACAAGGAUCUCCAUUCAGAAUGGUGCAGCGGGUAUUAUUGUAUCUAACCACGGUGCCCGGCAGCUGGAUUAUGUCCCUUCAACUAUCCAGGCUCUUGAAGAGGUUGUGAAGGCUGCACAAGGCCGAGUGCCAGUAUUCUUGGAUGGUGGGGUUCGCCGUGGGACAGAUGUCUUCAAGGCAUUAGCCCUGGGAGCUUCUGGAAUAUUCAUUGGGCGACCUGUCGUGUUCUCAUUGGCUGCGGAGGGAGAAGCUGGCGUGAAAAGAGUGCUCCAAAUGUUGCGGGACGAGUUUGAACUGACCAUGGCACUAAGUGGCUGCCGCUCAUUGAGUGAGAUUACUCGAAAUCACAUCGUGACUGAGUGGGAUGCUCCACAGGCGCUUCCUGCUGCUCGGUUGUAAUGUUCUUCUCGAGAGCCGGUCCUUUUUCGGGAUUGGGUUUUAUUUAUUCAGUUAUAUUGAUAUGGGGUUAUGGGUAUGUUACUGGAGAUGAAAAGCUUUUGAUUGGUGAUGGAUUUAAGUAUGUGUUUUUGUUGAUGUGCAAAGAAAUCUAUCUAUGUGUUGUGUUGGUAUACUAUUUUUGAUUCAUGCACAAUGGUUUAAGUUAACAUAUGACCUCUUGAGUAUGUUUUAGUUAUUUCAUUGCUUGUUAUCGAUUAAGAAGUUAUUGAUUAAUCCUGCA